AUGCAUUUUUGGCGGCGCUCGAUCCGGUGCCUUUUCUUCUUUCUCGCCCUCAUGUCUGGCUCUUGGGGGCGACCAGCAGGCGGCUCUGGUAGCCGUCGCCGGUUUUUCUCCUCUCCACGCAGUUCUUUGGUUUCUCGGGCCAUUGGCGAUGCUCAGAGUUUGGUGCUUAAUUCAACAUUGGUCGUUCGUGGAUUUGCCUCAGAUGGGGUAACGGGGACUGGCGUCACACCCAGCCUGGUAUCAAGCAACAACUUCAUCAACUUCUGCGCUAAUACUCCGCUCACAAAUGGCAAACAAGUCUUGGGUGGCUCAUGCAACCCCGUACCUAUGGGGGAAUUUCCGGACACGGACAAGCUCCCCUCGGUCCGAAUAUUCGAUCCCACCAACGGGAAAUUCCUCCGCGCGAAUACCACCUUCUCCCUCUCCCUCAAUGUCAACAGUCUCCGCUCGGGUGUCUUCACAAACCCAAAUGAAAACUUUCUUGGCGCUCCCCAGCAAGUCGGGACCGGUGGUCUUGUGCAGGGCCACCAUCACCUCGUCAUUGAGGAAAUUGACGCCAACUCAACAGCGCCGACCGACGCGCGCAAUUUUGCGUUUUUCGCUAUCAUCUCGCAGGCGGCAAGCCAGGCGGGCAUCAUCGAGAGAAGUAUCACGGGCGGGCUUCCAGAGGGCUAUUAUCGUAUCACUGUGACUUCGCGCGCAAGUAACCACCAACCUGUCCUGUCUUCAGCGGUACAGACGGGGUCAUUAGACGAUGUCGCUUAUAUUACGGUGACAGCGGACGGCUCUCCAGGUAGCACUCCCCGCAUCAAGAGAAAAACUGUGCUCCAUGACCAAACAAGACAUUACCCCCGACGGAAGCUCAACCUCAGAGAUGAUUCACAAACGUCUUUGACAUUGUUGUCAACCGUUGUUUCUCCCGGUCUUUUGAAUAAUGGGAUGGACAAGCUCGUUCAGCCUGGACAAUCCGCCUCCGCCACCUCCAGCAACAACUUCAUCAACUUCUGCGGGUCCUCUACACUGCCUCUUAUCGACCUCUCUGUCACGGCCCGGUCUGCAUUCUGUAAUCCUGCGCCAAUGGGGUUACUACCAUCUUCCGACAAGAUACCAACAGCACGUAUAACUUACCCCCGCAACGGAGACGUCAUUCUCCCCAACGCCCCAAUGACUAUUGGCGUGGCCGUCGCCAACUUCGCGUCUGGCAACAUUGCCAAUGACCGGAACUAUGCGUCUGCCCCACAACAACUCGAUGCAUCUGGGCUUGUUAGAGGGCACCCAUAUGUUGUGCUCGACCUGCUCGACUCGCCCACACAAAUCACACCGACAACGCCGUCCAAGUUCUCGCUUUUCAAGGGAUUUAGCGCGCGGGCAGACGACACGGGCGUGGUAACGACGUCGCUGGGGACCGGAUUGGGUGCUGGGUUUUAUCGCAUGACGGUGGGCUUGAAGACGACGAAUGGGGUGCCCGUUUUCGCGCCGGUGCUGCAGCAUGGGGCUAUUGGAGAUGCGAUUUAUUUCACGGUCGCUCCUGGUGGCAAGCUCCCCACAAACCAGACUGCAAUUGUUGGCGCACGAACAGACUUUGGCCAAACCACGCUGGGGUCGUUUGGAUUGCCCUCGCAAACGAGUAGUGGUGCGCCGCAGAGGAGUGGAAGUGGCCUUCCUGUGGUUGCGACUAGUGCCUAUCUGGGACUUCGCAUCGCUGUCGGAGCAGCACUUGGCGGAGCGGCUCUCCUCGCUCUGAUUAUUCUCGGCAUAUGGCUACUGAUGCGUCGACGAAAGAAGAAGAAGACACGAGAGCAGAUGCUGCAGUGGCGACCCGGCGGGACGAUUGAUGGCAGAAGCGAGCUGGGGCUGCCUCCGCCGACACCGUUUGUGGCGGGGAUACCAAGAAGGGAGCGGGAGGAGGAUGUUAGGUCGGAGGACUCGGUGACGGUGUACAUGCCCAUGUCGACCUCGCCCCCGACAAAGGCACAGAUAAUGGCGGGCCUACCCCCGCCCCCUGUGGCGGCAAAGCGGCCCGCGAGGCAGCAUUCGGGCCGGUCGGUCGCGCCGUCUUAUCAUACCAAUGCAACGUUUAUUCGAUGA